CGCGGUGCGUGGUGACGCUACUAGCGGCGAGUGCGGGCUGGGUUACCACGGCGAGUGGUGAGGACAUGGAACCGGUGUGGUGUUACAGGGUCCGGUUGUCAUGAGGGCGGAGUCAGCAUAAAGAGAUGAUGAAUCAGUCCCCAUCCUUGUUGAACAACAUAUGGAAGAAGUAAUGAAUAACAAAGGCUUCUCUGGGUGAGAGGCUUCAAAGCUCAUCCACUUAAAGUGUGGCCUGAUAGCACCAACAAUGAUCCAACUGGCUGAAUCCUGAAAUGUAUGGCCAAACCAGGUUUUUGCUGUAGUGUGACAUGGAGGGUGCUACUGGUGUUGGAGGGACUUCAGAUGAUUUUCUAAGGUUGAAGAGAGCUUCACCACUGCUGGAUGAGGAUGAUUACUUUCCAGAGCUGCUAACCCUCCCUCCUCGCGAUCGUCUUGAUUGGGAAGAGACUAUUAGCACUAUGGCGAGGAGCGCUGAUAUUCCUGAUCUCCCUGGAGAACUUCCACUCCGUCCCUGUGGAAGCACAGCCAGCAUGAAAGUCAAACAUGUUAAAAAGCUGGCAUUCACGAAAGGGCACUUUCCCAAGCUUGCUGAAUGUGCCCAUUUCCACUACGAAAAUGUUGACUUUGGCAGCAUACAACUGGUGCUGACAGAGGAACAGAGUGAUGUGAGCAAGAAUGGUGCUGACACCAAAGACCUUGUGUUUCUCGUUCAGGUCUCCUGUCAGGGCAGGAGUUGGAUUGUGAAGCGGAGUUAUGAAGAUUUCCGGGUGCUGGAUAAACAUCUCCAUCUCUGUAUUUAUGACCGCCGAUUUUCCCAGCUGGUGGAGCUGCCGCGUACAGAUUCGCUGAAGGACGGUGCAGAGACAGUUACCCAAAUGCUGAUGGCGUAUCUUGCCAGGCUUACUGUCAUAGCUGAUAAUAAGAUCAACUGUGGGCCUGCUCUUACAUGGAUGGAGAUAGAUAACAAAGGGAACCAUCUACUGGUGCACGAAGAGUCCUCCAUCAAUGUUCCUGCCAUUGCCGCUGCACACGUGAUUAAGCGAUACAUCGCGCAGGCUGCAGAUGAGCUGUCCUUUGAGGUUGGGGAUAUUGUGUCUGUUAUUGACAUGCCUCCCAAGGAAGAUACCACAUGGUGGAGGGGAAAGCAUGGGUUUCAGGUUGGAUUCUUUCCCAGUGAGUGUGUGGAGCUCAUUAAUGACAAAAUUCCUCAUUCUGUGACGAGCGUAAUGCCAAAGCCAGUUUCAAAAAAGCACGGCAAGCUCAUAACCUUCCUACGCACCUUCAUGAAGUCACGGCCAACCAAACAAAAGCUGAAGCAGCGAGGAAUCCUGAAGGAGCGUGUGUUUGGCUGUGACCUCGGCGAACACUUGCUAAACUCUGGCCAAGAUGUCCCCCAGGUACUCAAAAGCUGCACAGAUUUUAUUGAAAAAUAUGGAGUGGUGGAUGGCAUUUAUCGACUUUCAGGAAUUGCAUCCAAUAUUCAGAAGCUACGGCACGAAUUUGACUCCGAGCAGAUUCCUGAGCUGACAAAGGAUCUCUACCUCCAGGAUAUCCAUUGUGUUGGGUCCCUUUGCAAACUCUACUUCAGAGAGCUACCUAACCCACUGCUGACCUACCAAUUAUAUGAGAAGUUUUCAGAUUCUGUAUCAGUGGCUUCUGAUGAGGAUCGCUUGGUUAAAAUUUAUGAUGUCAUCCAGCAGUUGCCCCCUCCUCAUUACAGGACUCUCGAAUUUCUGAUGAGGCAUUUGGCUCAGUUGGCAACCUACAGUUACAUCACUAACAUGCACACCAAGAACCUGGCUAUUGUCUGGGCUCCAAACCUUCUGAGGUCUCGGCAGAUCGAAUCGGCUUGCUUUAGUGGCACUGCUGCCUUCAUGGAGGUUCGGAUUCAGUCUGUGGUUGUCGAGUUCAUUCUCAAUCAUGUGGAUGUCCUAUUCAGCUCCAAGCUUAGCUCUGUAAUCCGGGAGGGAGCAGCAGGACAUAUAUCUUUGUCUCGGCCCAAGUCCUUGCUGGUGUCAUCCCCUUCCACAAAACUGCUGACUUUGGAGGAAGCCCAGGCUCGAACUCAGGUACAAAUCAGCUCCCCUCUCACUUCAGACAGCAAGUACAUCGAGGUCGGUGAAGGGCCUGCAGCAUUACAGGGACGCUUCCAUACGGUCAUUGACUUCCCAAUUGACAGGAAGAGGACAACCAGCAAAUCGAAGAAGUCACCUGUUGGCACUUGGCGCUCUUUCUUCAACCUUGGCAGAUCCUCGUCUGUGGUCAAACGGAAACUACAUCGUAAUCCCAGUGAACCAUCAGAGAUGAAAUCCAUGGUUUUGACAGCAAAGGGUGAUUCAGGAACACUUCGUUCUGCGAAAAGUGAAGAGUCUCUUUCAUCUCUGCACAAUGUGGAAGGAGAAUCCAAGGUGUACAGACCUAGAAGGCCUCGGUCCAGCAGUGAUGCUCUGUCUGUUUCCUUCAAUGUUGGUGGCCUUCCCAGCCUCAACCACUGCAAUUCCUAUGACAACCUUCCCAAUGACGAGAGUGAAGGAGAGGAUACCAUUCUCCAAGUGCCUGCACUGGUGUCUUCUAGUAUGGAUGAAGUGGAACUGAGCCCACCAGAUAUGGGGGCAGCUGGGCUUGACUUUGACCCAAUGUCUUUUCAGUGUAGUCCACCGCGGGCACAACUCUUUGAGCUGGACAACAGUGCAUCUCAGGUGGACUCCUCACCCACUGGCAGAGACAAUUUGAAUGGUAGUGUGAAGGAGUCAGAAUUUGGCGGUGUGUGCCUAACCCCUGGAAAUGCUACUAGUUCCGAACCAGCCUCUCACUCCCCAGAUAAAGUACUGAGCCCAUUCUUCUCACCAGAUCUGAGCCCCACUGACGAGAAACUAGUUAAACCGUCUUCAUUUGCGGAAAAGGUUGUUCAUGCCUUCUCCCCAAAAAUUGGACGCAAGUCACCCAAGUCUCCUAUGAUGAAUAUUUCUGAACCGAUCACAAUCUCUGUUCCGACACGUGUAUCUGAAAUGAUUGGCAACAUGGCUGCUUUCUCAGGGGCUUCAUCUGCACCUUGCAACAGCCCCACAGGCAGUAACAAUAUCAGCAAGUCACCUCCACAGAUGAUGUCGAUGCUGCUGAAGACCAGUGAUGUGCAGCUGCCCGAGGGCUGCCGCCAGGAGAUUCACAGCAAGCUUUCUGUUGCUGCACCAGGUUCAGAGGCUAAAGGGCAUGAUCUGACCAGUCAUCACAAGUCUACACCUUCUGCCCUCUUCCAAACAAGUGUCAAAUGGCAAAGUGCAGACCAGCAUGAACUGACCGAUCAAAACAAAACUAAACAAUAUUCACAGGCAAAAGGGCAGAGUUUGGAUUGGCAUGAAUCCAUCAAUCAAAGCAAGGCUGCGUCAUCAGCCCAGUCACAAAUGGAGGCAAAAGGACCAAGUCCAGAAUGGCAUGAACUAACCAUUCAGAGCAAGACUACAUCAUCUACCCAAUCACAAGUGACUCAAGUGGAAUCCCCUCAGGAGGCUCCAGUGGUUAGCUCUGUGCCUCUAAUUCCACCACCUCCACCCCCAAAGAGUGCUGCCCGUUUGCUGGCGUUGGCCCUGGCAGAGAGUGCCCAACAGGCUACUGUCCACUCUCAGAAGAAGCCUCAUGCAGGGGGUCAGGGCUCAGGGGACCAGCAUCUGCACACCAUACCUUGGACAGAACCGUGUUCAGCACUUCCCACAGCCAGCCGUCAGACUACUGUACAGCCAAGUGUCGAACCGCAGCCAGCUACGGGUCAGGUUCCCCCAAGCACUGCGCCAGGGCCCACAGCUUCAGGCCAGGUUCGAACAGCAGUGUCUCCAGGGGUUCCCGUCAAGCAAUCUGAGCCACGCGAGCUUGAACAGGUUGGGUCAGCUCUCGGCCCCAGUACUGGCUGUGUUAAUCGAGCUGCCACAGGCCUGGACAUUCACUGUGGACAUCAGGGGAAAGCAAGAGGCAAUGCUCAAGCACCAGUUACACACCCAAGAGCAGAGUCUGCCCCUGUGGAUCACAGUGUCUACAGUGCCAGUCCACCAGUGCCUCCCCUCCGAUCAGUGGAAAGCAGGGUGCCAUCUAAUCAUUCCGGGCCUGAGACCAUUACAGCCUCCAACUUCCAUUCAUUCCUGGCUUCAACAACAAUACCAUCAUCCAUUGAAGAUGCUUUACCCCAACCUCCUCCUCCCAAGCCACCUUUUCUGUGCCAGUCACAUCCUUAUCAUUCCAAGAUGGAAUCCUUACCAGAUAUGGAUAACCACUUCCACCAGAAGCAUGCUCAUUCCAUGAAGCCUGUCUUGUACCAGUGCCGGGCUGACAGUGUCCCUCAGCAUUUAUCCUGUCCGUCCAGGUCAGAGAGCACUCCACAACAUCUGCACUAUGGUUCCCGGCCUGAAAACAUUCCCGCAGCCGCAUCUCGUUUCAACAAUUUUACCAGCCAGCCCAAAGCAGUCUCCAUUCACCUUCCCAAACCUCGGCUAUCCCGGUCAGAUUACGUCCCGGUGGGGAAUCCAGUCAUGCGACCAUUUGUGUGCCCACAUUCCCAGUUUGAGGAGCCUGUAUACCCAGCGAUAAGGCGGGUGCACUCUCUGCAUGUGCCAUCAUCUUCCAUCCGGUCGGUUCCCAUUUCAAGAACUGAGGUGCCUCCAGGUGAUGAGCUCUACUAUUAUCAGAGACCGAUCUACCAGUACAAGCCCUGCCAGGCUCCACCACUUCAGUCAGAUUACCAUGUCACUCAGCUGCAGCCAUACUUUGAAAAUGGUCGAGUCCAGUACAGGUACAGCCCUUACUCCACCUCUGGACUUAACCUGCACGGGACUGACUGUAUGAUUUAUGAUCUUGCCGAUUCCUACGGUUCAGUAAGGCUAAGGCAUUUCCAUUCUUUCACAAGCCGAGAUAUCCCACCCUACGUGGGUAGAUUUCAGGGUAAAAUCUUCCCAUAUCCCAAUGCACCUCCAUACCCACGCAGCGCUGCGCACGCCAAUGCGAUGAGUAGGGAGCACAGUUUUGUGAGUCGAGAUGUGCCACCAUCUCCAGAUGUGAAGCUGGCGCACAUGAUGUGGGACCCAGAGGAAAUUGAGAAGUCCCGCUUUCAGUCCAUUCGCCGAGAGGUCCGCAGCCGCCAGAAGACCAAGGGGUUAGUAAUGUCGCAGUAUGACAACGUGUCCCCCAACUUGCAGGAAGAAUUUGGCGGCCUAGAGAUCAGCCACUCCAGAAGUAAGUCAGAUCCUGGGAAAACUGGCAUGGUGGUGAGUGAGGGAAAAGAGAGAUGGCAUCCUGCCACCUCAAAGAGCUCAGACAUUGAUCCACAGUAUGUCCGACAGUCACCAGACUGUGAGCUGGACAGUGGAGCGUACCUUGAGCCAACGACUCCUCACCACCAACCCUUUGGAAAUGGGCAACUUGAAAAGCCAGCACUUCCUCAGAAACAGAACCCCAACAGGACCAGAAGGCCACACGAACCUGCCUAUGACCAAACACAAUAUGAUUCCUGUCAAAGGUCCUCUACAGAUUCCAAAGGGGGGCAGGCGUACAACACACAUUCUGCAGGUUAUGGCUUGAAGCAUAGACCAGAUCACCCAGAUUCACGAACAUAUCCAUCCGCAACUGGUAAAUACAUGCUUGCUUCUCACGAGCCUUUACAGACUUAUGAAGAUUCCUUUCGGACAGCAAUUGACAGGCCAGAUUUAGAGAGAGCAAAAGUGAGAGGAGCUGGAGGGGAGCACCCUACCAGAGACUGUUACACCAAGGAGGGCGAGGAGCUUGCCAAGCCAUUGUUAUCGAGCCAAGCUGAGAGGAGUUAUGGCACCAAAUUUCAGCAGCAUCCCGAGCCACUGGGAAGGGAACAGUCCCUGUCGUACCCAUACCCCUGUCUUGGUCACCCAGGCAGUAAGCGGCACAGUACGCUGACGGUGAUGUCUCAGUAUGAUAACUUGGAUGACUGUCACACUCUGGCUCAGCAGCAGAAACGAGGGCUGGGAGGAAGUGCCCCAUAUGUACCUCCGAGCUACAGUCAACCUCCAGGCAGGACAUUUAGCACUGCUUUGGGCCAGGGAAGCUUCAUAUCUACGGAGCUGGCAAUGCAGAGGGCUGAGACAGAAGUACACGUGGAAUGAGCAGAAGUUUUACUCUGUACAGUCUCUGCUGGGCAGUGGACUGUUUUAUUUUUCAAAAGAUAACCCGAGUACUGUUUUUAAAUGCAUAGUAUGUGGAAUGUUGGGCCUUCUGUGUUGUGUAUUUUGAGCACAUAUAUGAAAUGUGAGACUACAUUUUGUGCCCUCGGUGAAUGACUCUCAGCUUAGUGUUUACGAUUGUCAAGAUUCUGCAGGAGGCUCAACACUUAAGGGGAUUAUCUUCCUAAAUUCCUUCUAACAAGAACAGUUACUGUUCAGUAGAGCUGCUGGGGAGAAGUUGUUAAUUCUCUCUACCUUGAUCAAAUCCGCACCUCCCACACACUGGCUCUCAUUUUCUGCUGCAGGGCUGGCUCUGUCUUAGUCAACCCUCAACACGUACAGAUGCGUAAACGCACACGCACACACAGACACACACGCACACGUGCAUGCACACACACACACACACACCCACCCCUCAUGUUACAGCUGUCUCUGUCUACACCCAAUCACCUCUCAACCACAUGCUCCAGUUGAAUAAAUAAUCACGUAUGUUCCAAUAGACUUCCUCUCUCGUAGUAAACAGUCUCAGAAGGCUGGUCCUUUUCUAUUUUGAAGUUUAGUUUAUUUGAAGCACAGUACUCACCCUCCAGUUGGCUUUCUAACCAGUCACCAGUGAUGAAAAAUAAUCACAUAAAAUACCACCUGCCUAAUGCUGAGUGACCACCUCAAUGUCAGCCUUAACCAGAAGAUAUUCCAGUUUGGGAGUAGGUAAAUUCAGCUGAUUUUAGAUAAACUUUUUUUUGUUUUAAACCUAUUAUCCUUCUAUGUAGAUACUAACAUACUGUUCCAGGAAUCCUAACUAACAAAUUGUGCCAUUUGAUUUGAUGUACCAAGGCUUUAAUCAUUUUCGUGCCCAGUUUAGAAUCCUGUAUAUUAAUUGAGUCCAGUUUGAGACCUAUCACCUUGAGUAUUCUCCCUGUGCAUUUACCUGUAUAAACAGGCUACAGACAGCACGCGGCACAGAUUCUGCAUUAAAAUUUAUAGAUAGCGUUCAGAAAGGGUCAUUGAAAGUGAGAAGUCCUCCAUCACAGACCUCAGUGUACUGAGAUUAUCCUUCAGACUCGUAGGAAUGGUGGUGUCUUUGUUAGUUACUGGAGCCAGCAGGAGAAUGUUUAGACAAUUGCCAUAUUGUUUCAAGCAGUAACAGAAGUAGUGGAAAUACUUUGCAGGGUAACAAGAGUUAACAGUCCAGACUUUCCAUCAGGGCAGGAGAUGAGCAACUUUUAAACUAGAUCAGAGGUGGUGACAGAAGUGUGUAUGUGGAGCGGUGGGUAGGGAAAUAACAUAGUAGAAGGUAGCAGGUAAGGGAAAUUAGAUGGCUAAAGGAACAAUAAUCUCAGGUAAAGUGGAUGUUUUUCAGAAGAGACAUGGAACAAACAGUUCAGAAAAGGUGGAAAUGACAAGAGUAGGUCGCUGGAGUGUGAAAAGCAUGGGCAGUCUGGCUAAGUGGGGAUUUUUAAUGUGGCUCAGGAAUGUCAAGAAAGAUAUGUAGAUCCUGAGGGUGCAGGCCCCCGUCUCAGCCACAUAUUUAACAGGGAUCCUACCCAAGGCUGCGCCCACUGCAGUAUUUUCCAUUGUAGUGUUGUCACCAAAGCUGUUGCAUUGGUGUUGAUAUAACUGUAGCAUUUGCUGGUCUCUCUGUUAGUAAAACUAGCCAGAAAGUUGUUUUUCAUGAAAAGGCUAAUAGUUUAACUGAAUGUGUAACUCUAAUGAUGGUGACAUCCCCAACGAAACUAGGUAAUCCUUUUGAAAUUGUUGUCGGAAUAUUUGUGCGACAUAUUGGUGCCAUGGUAGCGUAGCAGUUAGCGCAACGCUAUUACAGCUCGGGGCGUUCCGGAGUUCAGAGUUCAAUUCUGGUACAAUUCUGUAAGGAGUCUCUGUACGUCCUCCCCGUGGAAUGCGUGGGUUUUUCUCCGGGUGCUCUGGUCUCCUCCCACAGUUCAAAGACAUUCUGGGUAGGUUAACUGGUCAUUGUAAAUUGUGCCGGGAUUAGGUUAGUGUUAAUUGGGUUUGUCGGGGUUUGCUUGGGUGGCAUGGCUCAAAGGGCCUUCUCCGCGCUGUAUCGAUAAGUAAAUAGAUAGAUAUUCAGUCAGAAAGGAGCAAUGGGCAAGGCUGCAGUCAUUGGCUGGGUGUGUAGAGAACAUUCUUCAUUAACUGAAAUUGGAUAAUUUCAUCCACAACCUCCACUAAAUCAUGCGACAUGCUGAAGGUAAACUGAAGUAGAACCCUUUCUGCAAUUCAGUUCUGCAACAGUUCAGCUGUGUGUGUUUGUGCUUGUGUGUGAUAGACCUCAGUUAGAUUUCUUCCUAUCAAGUAUAAAGCUAAUUUCAAAGAGUUGUGCAUUGUUUCAGUGAAUAGAGUACACUGUGCAGUGGCAAAACAAAGUGAAAACAAACUAAGAUGUCUGGAAAUAUACAGCAGGCAUGUGUCAGUCUGUGAGUGUGAGGUGGAUUUUAGAUGCCACAGCUGUCCCUACAUGAACUUGGCUCAUUGGGUACACUGUGCAUUUCUAGCAUUUUCAAAUUUUAUUUCAGAUUACCACUAUUCCCAUUAUAUUUAAGAUGGGAAUGAAACCCUCUGAAUAAUUAAGCUUCUUACAUAUGUUGGUUAAUGGACAGGAAUAACAAUUUAUCCUCAGUAAAAAUUACAUGCUGUGACAUCGCCUGUAAACUUAGCUGUGACCCCUCAAUCAGCAAGCUUGUUUAGAUAACUGCGGCGUACUCCAUAUAACAUAGUGUAAAAUGGGCUCUGACCUCCUUCGGAUUAUCAUUAAUGCAUUGUCAGUCUUAAUAUAUGGAGGGGUCAGUGUUGCUGCAGCUCCAGUUAGAGCUAGCUAUUGUGUCAAACCGUGGUAAGAGCAUGAAGUGUAUGUUUCACCCAGUGCCUGAAAAACCAAGUCAAGAUCGUUUGUACUUAACUUGUGCUAAUGAGACAUAAUGUUUGAAAAACACAUCAGUGGUUUUAUUUAAGAGAAAUAUAAUAGCCCAAGUUUGCAACACACCUGAAUUCCUGAUGAAUCCAGUCCUGGGAAUCUGUCUCCCAGCUAUCAAUUGCUACCUGUAAUUGAUCUCUAUUUUCUGUGUCUUUUUGAGUUUGUCUUGGUGUAAAGAGUGAUGAGCAAACCUGGUGUAAUUAAGUGUAAAUACUGGAUUCUGUUUGUGAUUCCUGUACAUACUGAACACUUCCCUGCUGCUGGCUAAUGCCAAUUGUGUAUUGGAACCAGAGUUUCUGUUCUUUUGUACUGAAUCCUGAUGAAGCUGGACUUGCACAAUUCAGCAGUAUUGCGUUGUUCCAUCACACAGGAUCUCAGCUGCAUUACAUAAAAAAAGCAACAUCAACUAAAGACAAAUUGGCUCUGGUUUACUCAGGAAUUAGUGUCUAAAAUCUUAAAGAUGACUUAAGGGAUUCACAAUGUGGUUUGCACAAUCUGGACCGUAACAUAUCUCUUGUCUCUGUUCUAAUUAAUUACAUUCAGGACAAAACGUAUGUGGUUCCCCUGCAGAAGUACACAUGCUAACCAGAGACUGAUACCCUUCAGUGUGGCUCUUUAUCAUGUGUCGCAUUCAUCGGUCAUCACCUGCAGUGCAAUUUUACCAGGGUAAUAUCCAGGAGGCUUUGAGAUACUUUCCAACCUCAUCAGCUAAGGAGUUAGUUUUUUUUAAAAAAAGUCUCCUGAAUUACUUACAUUACAGUUGCAAGAAAAAGUUUGUGAACCUUUUGCAAUUAUCUGGUUUUCUGCAUUAAUUACUCAUAAAAUGUAGUCUGAUCUUCUGCCUAUACUAAUAACACAAUCUGUCUAUAAUAACACACAAACAAUUGUACUUUUCAUGUCUUUAUUGAACAGAUUGUUUAAUCAUUCACUGUCCAGGCUGGAAAAAGUGUGUGAACCCUUGUAUUUAAUAACUGGAAGAAUCUCCUUUAGCAGCAGUAACCUCCGCCACACGUUUCCUAAUACUGCUGAUCAGACUUGCACAACAGCAAGGAAGAAUUUUAGACCAUUGCUUCAUACAAAUCUGUUUCAGUUCAUCAAUAUUUCUGGGAUACCUUGCAUGAACAGCCAUCUUCAGGUCAUGCCACAGCAUCUCAAUUGGGUAAGGUCUAGACUCUGACUUGGCCAUUCCAAAACACAAAUUUUCUUCUUUUUAAAUCAUUCUGUUGUUGAUUUACUCUUGUGUUUUGGAUCAUUUUCUUAUUGCAACUUCUAUAAGUUUCAGGUGAUGGACCGCUACCCUGAUAUUCUCCUGUAAAAUGUCUUGAUAGAAUUUUGAGUUCAUUGUUCCCUCAAUCUGUCCAGGAUCUGAGGCAACAAAGCGCCCCAAACCAUGAUACUCCCUCCACCAUGCUUCACAGUUGGGAUGAGGUUUUGGUGUUGUGUGCAGUGCUCUUUUUCCUCCAAACAUAGCAGUGUGCAUUUCUGCCAAAAAAGUUCAACUCUUGUCUCAUCUGUCCACAGAACAUUGGCCUAGAAGCAUUGUGGAACAUUCAGGUGUUCUUUUGCAAACUUGAAACGUGCAGCAAUAUGUUUUUUUUUGAAGAGCAGUGAUUUCCCCUGUGGUAUCCUUCCACGAACACCAUUCUUGUUCAGUAUUUUUCUUAUAGAGGACACAUGAACAGAGAUUUUAGUAAGUUCCAGAGAUUUCUGCAGGUCUUUUGUUGCUACCCUUGUGUUCUUUUUCACCUCCUUCAACAUUGCACGUUGUGCUCUUGGCGUGAUCUUUGCAGGAUGCCCACUCUCAGAGAGAAUAACAGUACUGAAUUUCCUCCAUUUGUAGACAAUUUCUCUUACUGUGGGCUGAUGAACACUCAGGUCUUUACAAAUGCUUUAGCCUUUUCCAGCUUCUUGAAUCAGUGCGAUUUUUCUAAGGUCCUCUGAAAGUUGUUUUGAUCAAGGCAUGGUGCAUAUAAACAGAUCUUUCUUGAGAAAAGCUGGCUCUGUCAGUAACCUGACUUUGUGUCUUUUUUAUAGGGCAGGCCACCUCUGCAACCCACAUUUCCGAUCUCAUCUCAUUGAUUGGAAUAUCUGACUCCAAAUAACUUUGUAGAAGGCAUUACCCCAGAGGUUCACAUACUUUUUUUGAACCUGGACUGUGUUUGUUUAAAUAGUGUACUCAGUAUUGACAAGAAGUAGUACCAUUGUUUGUGUGUGAUUAACUUAGGCAGAUUGUGUUUGUCUAUUAUUGUGAUUUGGAUGCCAGUGGACUUUACACAAAAACAAGUGAGGGACUAAACCGGAGGGUCUCCCAGAUGGCAGUAAUGCAAGGUCUGUCCUUCCCAGCAGAUCUCUUUCAGAUCUACAGGGCUGUGGUUUCUCUGUUGGUGGCUUUUCAUCAUUCAGACACCAUGUAUCCCCAGCCAUUCCCAAUUUAAGGAAUGAAUCACAAAUCCUCACAGUUGGCUCAGAUCUGAAUCUGUGGAUUCCCCACAUCCUGUCCACACCUGACUUAGUUAUUAGUCCACUGCUCAAGACUAAACUGCUGAGUGUCCCACUGGUCACACCUCAGCUUUUCAUUGACCAUUGGAGAAUUAAUCUUCGUGCAUUUUGCCUCCCAGAUUACUACCCAUUAUAUUUUUACAAAACUGACCUUUUGUCUUUUAGAGGUAGCUUUGACAGAAAGGACUUGGCAUCAGUGAAAUAACUCAUGAGCCAUCUCAAAUUUAGAGCAUGAUAACUUGCUAUAAUUACAGAAGCUUGCCCAUAGAGUAUUCAAUGAUCAUCAAGUAUACCAACACCAAAGGAUAUGGUCUCUCUGCUGCAGCCUUGCAGUGUUCAUCUCAGACUAGUAAUCUAAAUCUUACUGCUUAGCGAUUCAUCAAAUGCAGAACAUAUUGCAAAUGGGACUGUGAUAUUGUGUGGGUUGAAGGUUGAUAAGAACAUUGGGCCAUCCAUUCCACUCAGCUCCUGAGGUCUAUAGUCAUAUCCUCUCGGAUCCAAUAGAAACAGUGUGAAAUCAAGGUUGAGCACCCUUCAAUAUCCAGUGGUGGUUACAUAGUUGAGCUUAUAAGGUUCCCAUCUGAGAAAUAAGUAGGUUACAGACAUCAGUGCAAAUCAAUCUUUUUGAAACCUUUGUCAGCAAAUGUGGUUACACUGCAGAGCUGGGUGAAGUGAAUGCAAAUAUUUGUCUUUUUGGUGGUUGCAGUUUAUCAGAGGAUGGAAGCUCUGAGAGAUGUUAGGUGUGGGAAGCAAUACAUGGAGCAUUGUUCAGUUCAAGUGCUCUGAAGGGUCUGGCAAAAGACUGCAAUUGUGUGCUUUGCUUCAUUAUCCUUCUUGUUGGAGAUCAGUUCGCAACAGUAGUCCCUGAAAGAGAAAGGUGAUGAAGAGGGUCAGCUGCUGAGACAGAGAUAUUAGGGAUAAUGUACUGGUAUGGAUUGAUGGCUGGUUAACAGAAGGAAGCUGUGGAAUUAACUGUGUUGUGUUCGGUUUAGAAAGCUUUGACCAGUGGUAAUAGGUGUUGGAUACUUCAGAUGGUGGUUGGACUCCAGAGAUUCAAUUUACAGUACUGUGCAAAGGUCUUGGGCACAUAUAGUGAGCUAGGGUGCCAAAGACUUUCACAGUGUACUAUAUUUGUCAACAUGGAGCAGGGAGCGAGUUUGUAAAUCCGGCAGGAGCAAAGGAUGUUGGGAAUAGUGAGAAUGGAGUAUUGCAGGAGGG